CUGGAAGAUUUGAAGAUUUUUGGAAAAUUCGCAGAUCAAUGGAGUUGGAGGUUAGGGAGAGAAGGGACGCUAAUAGUUUGAUCGAUAGAAUAUAUUUCUCGAGGAACUCCGGAGCAGGAGGUCCAUGAGAAAAUCAUGACGCCAAAGAUGAACAAAGGACCGAAGAGCCUGGUUCAAAGGGCAGUUAUUACUAAAAAUCCUGAGAAGGCGAUCUCUGAGUAUUUUCAAUCAAAAUUGGAAGCUCGUCAAGUUACAAAAUAUCCGGAAUGGGACGUAGCGAGACAUGGACCCGAGGCAGAGCUGAUGAAGGCCCAAAGAGACUUGACUCAGGCUGAACAAGAGCUCGAGGUAAAACGUGUUGAGCAUGAAAACAAACGCCACGACAUGGAUCAACAGUGGGCUGAGAUGAGGAGAAAGCAGAAUGUGUUUCGAGAAUCGUUCGUCAAAUUUGAUCAGUUCGUUCAGGAGAACAGGGAAAAACGAGAGAGGGCUGAUAGGAAAAUUAAAGAGGAGGGGGAACGACAGAAAAAAUGCGAAGAAGAUAUAAAAAUUCUCCGGGAUAAGAUUGAGCACAUGACACGAGUUCGUGACAAAAUGCAGAGAUACGUUAAAGAUUAUAAAAUGGCCCAGAAUUAUUUAGAAAAAGUUAUAAGUGAAACUGGAGAAUUUCAAUCGAUAAGUGAUAUUUUUAAUCGAUUUGAGAGCCUCGUGGAGGCGAGAAAAACGUUGACGAUGAAUCAGGACGAGAAUCUGAAUGCCCUGGCGAAGACUAGCACUGAAAUGCAAAAACUGACGGAGGAAAAGGGACAGAAGCUGAUGACAUUGAAUAAUCAAUUGGCGACUCUCGAAAGUAGAUACGAUCGUGCUAAGGCUGGCGCCCUAAAGUGGGAGGGAAUCGUCACGAAAAUCAAAUCCACAGCUGGGGAUAAAAAUUUGGAAUUAACGCAGAUCAGGUCCUCUUGCUGGAAUAUCUAUCAGCAGAUUUGUAAGCGGAAAGGAGUUCCAGUGGAGGUCGCCAAAGGUGAUAUUGAGAAUCAACUGGUGCAUAUUAAGAGCACGAUUUUGGAGCUGAAGAGAAUAGUGAAGGCAGCGAAUAAAAAAGCGACGAAAGAAGCUAAAGGAAACGUGGGAGCGCCUGAGGAUCGUCUCGCGUGAAGCAACACAGGCACGUCCACUUGAGGAAUACAAAUGAUGAUUCAAUGUUUGAAAUUCAUCGUUAGUCAUCCUAGAAAUUUAUUGGUAUCGCCUUUGAAUAAUUUUUUUAGCUGCUGGUAAGUGACACCCCGAGACGUUGUGCAAAAUAUCCGCGUGAUCUUCCUCGAGAACAUUUUUCAACUUCUCGGUGACUUCCCCACGCGUCAGGGGAGCUUUGGGACCUUCUGUCACGACUUGGAACUCUUCUUUUUCAACACAUCUGUUUAUAAGACACCCACGAAAAUAUACAGUGAGAAAAAGCCAUUAUAAUUCGAAGAUUUGAAAAAAAACCUGAGUAGAAAAUAUUACGUGGAGUCUUUCGUCAAUUAUUUGAAAAAUGAUAUAAAUAUCGAGGGAAAGUGGAGGAGGAAUAAAUUUAGUAGUGAGUGGGAGAAAAAAAUUAGUUAAAAUCUCGAUGAGUCACACUCACAGAUUUUUAAAAAAUUUUCUGGUACCUCCACUACUGAAUCAAAGGACUUACAAAGGACAGGGCUGGGUAGGAGCGAGUUGGCUUAGCGAAGGAGCUUUAAAUUUCGAUCUUUUCUCCUCAUCCAGUCUCGGUGCAUCCGUCUUCCCCGUCCCAACGUCAGCCCAAUGAACUCUCUGAAACAUCUCCCCUAUUCUCUUCUCAAUGAUCCCCAAAUACAGCAUCACAUUAUUCAUAGUCACAUGAGUGUUAUCCCCCAGAAGAUCUAAGAUAGACGAAUUAUCACACUUGACGUUAUGAAACAGUGUCUCAAUUCCCUGGAGUAGUUUAUCGAAGGUCUCGUUGCACUAGAACCGGAAGGAGAAAAUUGAAUGAAAAUUAUUAACUAAAGAGGAAGUGAGGAGAGGAAAAUGACAGAAAAAAAAAUCUCUCCAAUAAAAUUAAUGAUAAUACGCUGAUUGAUCUCUGAACAGAACAGAUUUUUCAAUGAUAUUACAAACCUCAGUGAGACCGGCUUCGGCAUCGUCUGCCUGUGCCGUCUGCUCCUCCAGCUGUUUUGAAAUCCUCUCGAGGGUCUCCGCCUGCUGGCAGCCCCGCAGUACGUUGAUGGCACGUGCCUCGUCGAUUUCGUCUCUCAAUUGGGCCACACGUGUUUGUAAGCCCUCGAGCUCGUCAUUCAGUUCAUUCACGUAAUUGAAUAGGGCGAAGUUUUCUUCCUCUUGCUUCAGGAAGUGAGCUGUUAAUUUAUCGAUGUCAUCCUCGCC